ACGUGGUCUGGGCCGCACUCUGGGCCAGUGGGGCAGAAUCAUUUUUUCAGUUUUCUAUGAUGUCUCAGAGUGUUGGAGAUGGCAAAUCGAGUGACUUAAGUGUAAUCAAGGUGGAAUCAGAGAUGAGAAGCAUGAGAGAAAAAUUCCUUGCAAAAGUAACAAAGUUAGUGGAAAGCAAAAGUUACAACAGCAAGGUCUUUUCUAAAGAAAAGUACUUCCAGACACUAAGGGAAGUAAAAGAAGCCAAAGAAAAGGGGAAGAAAUCAUCCCGGGACUACCGUCGUGUGGCAAAGUAUGAUGUGAUCACGGUACGUGGUACUGAGAAACUGAUUGAGGCAGCUCAUGGAGAGCGAGAUCGAAUACGGUAUUAUGUGCACAAGGAAGAAUUAUUUGACAUUCUCCAUGAAACACAUCUCAGUAUUGGACAUGGUGGACGGACUCGCAUGCUAAAAGAAUUGCAAGGAAAAUACGGAAACGUUACAAAAGAAGUCAUUGUAUUAUAUCUGACUCUGUGCAAACAGUGCCAUCAGAAGAAUCCAGUGCCCAAGAGAAGUCUUGUAGCAAAGCCUAUGACUUUUAAGGUAAUUUACUCCAGAUGCCAAGUUGAUCUCAUUGACAUGCAGGCUAAUGCUGAUGGGGAAUUCAGAUUUAUCUUAAGUUAUCUGGACUACUUAACAAAAUUUUUGAUUUUACGGCCAUUAAAAUCCAAAAGGGUUCAUGAAGUGGCAUGUGUCUUAUUAGACAUUUUCUCAAUUAUUGGGGCACCCAAUGUAUUAGAGUCUGACAGUGGCAGAGAAUUUGCAAAUCAUGUUGUCAGUGAGCUCAAUCAGAUGUGGCCAGACCUGAAAAUUAUCCAUGAAAAACCUCAAAACAGCCAAAGCCAAGGUAUGAUAGAACAAGUGAACCAGGAGGUACAACAAUUGAUGAGUACCUGGAUGCAGAGUAACAAUUCACCUCACUGGGCUGAAGGUCUGCGAUUUGUGCAAAUGAUGAAAAACCAGGCCAUUCAUGUAGGCUUACAACAAAGUCCCUAUGAAGCAAUGUUUGGUUGUAAACCUAAAUUUGGUCUGUACAACUCAAAUUUGCCCCAUGAUACUGUUUCCAUUCUACACACAGAAGAAGAACUAGAGAUUGCUGAAGAGCAGCUAGAAAACAACCUUGUGGUCAAGCAAGAAGAAGGCACUGAAAUUGGAGCAGAGAAAUCUGAUCUAGAAGACAUUGAUACCAAUCCUACUGAAAUGCCUAAGCCAUGCACAUCACAGAGUGCUAUGAGUCUGAUCUGCCACUGAAUAGUUGGUUGUAUUUUAACCAUUCAUGGAGGUUUCUCCAUAUGCUGUCAACAAAAUUCCUAUCCAGGGCAGUUUGAGGCAAAGGAGGCAAAGGUUUUUGACCCCGAAUCUAGAUGUCCCUUGCAAUUAAAAACAGCUAUGAGGUUGCCUUAUAUCAGGUGGGGAGGAAAAAAGAUAUUUGACCUUAAAGUGCAUUGGCUGGGAUGUUAAUGUGUAGUUGAACCUUUGUUCCAGUUUUCUCUGUUCACUCUCCCCCAAAACCUCCGCCCUACUAAUUAUUUUAGAAAUAAAAAAGGUGUUCAUUGAAAAGGGAUGGAGAAAGGAAUGGUAGGUAAAGGAUAUGGGAUAUGAGAUGAAAGAAGAAAUAAAAGAGAAUGGAAGUGGGAAAUGUCCCCAGGGCUAAGUCCCAAAUAUGAGACUGGGAAAAUCAAGGGGAAACUGGCUGACCACCUGAGAUAGACACUGUGGAGCAGAGGUUCUUCCUCCUUUGAAGUCUGUGAUCUUGUUUUUUAAAAUUAUUUUUAUGUAUUUCAAUGUAAUUGGUUUCCUUUACAAUCUCCUGUAUUUUAUUUUAUGUAUUUAAAAACAUUAUUCUGAGAAGCUGUCCUUAGGCUUCAACAAACUACCAAUAACCAUUCAUAACCAACUAGCCUCUUAGCCUGGCUGUCUCUGCAGAACAGCCCUCAACUGAGUGGGAUUGUGAUUCUUGCUUUGAAACCUAACUCAUACCUAAUUCCUGACUGGAUCGGCUAUCACAAGCUAACUUUUGUCUAUUAGGGAACAAAAGGAGAGCUAAAAGUAACUCUGGCCCAACUGAAGAAAUUCAAACCUAGCUGUUCCAUUCAUGGCUAGCUGUCCAUGCAAAAAACCACAAGUGUUGUUGACCUGUUGUCUUAUUGGAGUGGAGGGUUUUGUGGGGGGUGAAGAAUAAUUAGGGGAGGGGCAGCAGCUAGUUGGUGCAGUGGCUAGAGCACCCACCCUGGU